AUGAAAGUUCAACAAACUGGUCAUCUUAAUGCAAGUGCAGAGGUUUCUCACAGAAGCUCAGUCCAGAAAAAUGUAGACACUCAACAAAAUCAGUAGAAUUAGCAACCAAAUUAGAAGGCUCAAAUGGCUGAGAUAAGAACUGAGAACUUCUAAGAUUAUAAAGCACUUCUAAAAAUAUAGAAACCAAAUGUUGCUCUUAGAUACAUGAAGCUUGCUCUUAAAAAUGAAGUCGAAACCAAACAGCCUUUGCAUAGUAAAGCUAUUAAGUACGUUGAAAGUGCAAUUGAUGACUAUAGAAAUGUUUUACAUUAGAUAAAAAAUGGUGUCUCAUUCACAAAUGGAUAGACUGAAUUGACUGUAGCACAUAUGCUUCAAUUUUUGAGUAUUGCUUAUUACAAUCUAGGGGUUGAGCAUGAGCAUAUGAAGAACUAUAAUAAUGCAAUUGACAACUUUGAAAUCGCACUGGAAAACUGCUUGAACUCAACCUAAGGUAAUCUGCUAUCAUAGCAGAUUCACUAAGCCCUUUCAGAAGUUAGGACCAAACAUGAAUAAGCUUAAUCAGUACAUGAUAGAAGAAUAAAUCUAAGAUAGACUAAUAGAACAAUGAAAUUCUUUAAAGAUCAAACUCAUCUAUUCGCUAUUGAUACAACGAGGCAAGAAAGGUUUAAGAAGCAACUAUCAUUUCUUAAAUAAAGUUCUUAGUAAUCUAGAGAUCACCUUGAAGAGGUUGUAAUCUAAUCAUAAAAGUUACAGAAAAAAUAUCAAUAAGAGACAUAUCAAAGGUUCUUGCAAAAGAAUACUUAAAAAGCUAAUUAAAGUUAAGAUUCUCAUAGAGAAAAAGAUUAUAUCUUUAAGUAAAAUAAAGAUCUUGAAUUGCCUUCUACGAGAGGCAGUUACUUCAGAGGUACUAGCAAUCACACUCCAAUGCAUGGCUUAAUCACAUAGUAUCCAACUUCAAAAGCUUCGUAAAGGACAAAAACAGCCAAUACAACUUAGUUUAGGAUGUCUGAGAUGUCAUCUUCUCAAAUGAACCAUAAGCCAGUAGAGCUUAUAACUUAGAUGAACAGAUAUGGUUUGAUGAGUCCAAGUGAUGCACCUUAAAUUGAUUUUGAAAAAUUUCGAAAGAGUUUGCAAAUGAAUAACUAUAAAUAAGAAAAAGAUUAAGUGAAUUAGAUGGAUAUAAAAAGAAAAGAUAUCAUGUCGCAAAGUGUUAAGAGAACUUCAAUAUACUCAUUUGAUAAGUAAAACUAAAAGAUUAAAUCUUAAUUUGAGCAUAAUGAAGAAAACAAUGCGCAGGGUGAUGAUGGGGAAGUUAUUCAUGGUUCAAAGCGAGAAAUAAAAACCACUGCCAAAUAAUCACGAAAACCAACAAUGAAUAAAACCUUUUAUAGUUAGGUUAAUAAAAGAGCUCUAAAUGAUUCUGGCUUAGCAUAACCUAAUUUUAAUGGGCAAGUUGAUAAUUCAGAUAUUUUGAGUGCAGGAGAAAAAUAACAUAAAUUACUAAGCAAACCUCAAUUUGUAUAAAAUCAAGUACUGAAAAAGCAUUAUUAAAAGUACAAAAUGAAUUUCAAUGAAAUUCUAGUGAAUAAAGGAGCAGCUCAUCAAAGAAGUUUCAUGGACGAUGGAAUUGGAUAGGAGUAGUUAACUUAGUCUCAGUUCAAAGACCCUAAUUAAUCUUUUGAAGAAAACUUGGCCAAAAUAAAAAAUAGAAACUACUAUAGCAAACAUUUUACAAACUAAAAAGAAGACCCAAUUUACAAAAGACUAAGCAUAGGUUCCCCACCUGACUAUGAUUACUAUAAAAUUCAAGACCUUAACAAGUACAUAUUAGCUUAGAGUGUUGUUUAAGGUAAUUAAGUCGCAUGA